AUGGUCGCCACGCGUCAACAUCCACGCGGUGACUUUCCCGCCACCGAGCCGUCGCCCACGAAGCGACCAGCCCGGUCGCGUACAUCCACAGAAUCACCUGCGCCUUCGUCCCCUGACUUCAAUGCCUCAGCCGCGAAAUCGAUUGCCAGGCGCGCUGUGUCCAACACUGUCGCCGUCGCCGCACCUCCCUCUCCUGCCGAGGUGGAUGAAGUAGGAUGGUGUCACACCGUGUCAAACAUCACAGUUUUGUGGCUGUCUAUAUCGCUACCCCUCGUCCUUUGGGAUACUCUUUAUAUUCUCCUGCGUCCGCAUACCAUGGCAGGUGGUGCUAUUCAAUGGCCUAUUUGGAAGCCAUAUGAGAUAUACGCCGCCAUUGACCACGUCUAUGGACAGCCCGGAUGGGACAACAAGGAUGGAUUUGGUGGCGCGCAGGGCGCAUUGAAUGCAGUUGAAACUGUUCUCUACGGCCUCUACGUCAUGAUCAUUUACAACCACAGUCUGCCAGCUCCCGUCGGAACGGGUGUUCAGGUCGGGGGAGGCGUCAGCGCUUGGCUCUCUGGCGCACGCAAAGUGCGAGGCAAGCCUGGCAACCGCGCCGUGCUCAUUGGAUUUGCGGCUGCUGUCAUGACUUUGAGCAAGACCGUUUUGUACUAUUUCAACGAGUACUUCUCUGGCUUUGCGAAUGUUGGCCACAACGACUGGCUCACUCUUCUUUGGUUUUACGGCAUCAUGAAUGGACUUUGGGUUAUCUUCCCAGCAUACAUGACUAUGGUUUUUGGGUCUGAUAUCCUCAAAGCUCUCGACAUAGCCUCAGAACCAACGUCAAAGAGGGCAUAG